CCUCUUGUAAAAAUAGUAAGGAGUCGGAGAUUUAUUUCCCUCGAUCCCAUGCAGUGAUACGUAGCAGCUGUGCAAAGUGCGCCGUGCUCAUUUCUUGCUUCUUCCCAAGUGUAUAAAGCCAUCAUUUCUGUAUCACUAGUUUCCGAGUCUUCUCCCAACUUUCUUUAAUCACUUUCUCUAAGGUUGAGCUGGUCUCCUCCUUGUGCACUAUUGCACAUUUCAUUCGCUUUCUUUCGACACCAGCCUUUGUUUUCGAGCAGACACCGAGCAGCGCUCGAUUCCACUCCCUUCUUCUGCUAUCCACCCCCUUUCCCAACCGCCGACUUUAACCAAAUGGGAAAGCUCAUCUGGCAUCAAUUGAGUCGCCACAUCUCCCUCACGGCGAGUGUCUAUUCAGUAUGGGCUAGUUUCUGGGGUUUCUUCUUCCGCAAGUUCUUCUGGGACUUCAUCGGUGGCACCCUACGCGCUCCCGGUGGUCUGCAACCAUCACCCAAGGUUGCUAUUUUCAUCACAAUUAUUGUCAAAUUCCCUAUUGUGCAGAUAGCCACAAUGGCUCUCGGGUUUACCAUGAUUGCGCUGGAAUACCCCCUUCCCUUCCUUAAAGGAACUGCCAUACAUAGAAGCAUCGCUCUUAGAGUGGUGUUACUGAUAAUGCAAGCAGCCGGAACGGUGCUUUUUUAUCAGGGAACAAAUGCGGCAUUGUGGUCAUUAAUUGCUGCAAUGUUCUACAUUCGUGCACUAACGUUGAGAGAGAAGAUGGAGGAGGCAUUGAAAAACAAAGGCCGAGUGGGAGAGGCAUGACAAGUACGCUUAUUAUGCGAUUCCCAACUUUCUCAAACGGUAGACCGCCAGUCUGCGACUGCAGUGUACCCGUUUCCCUUUUCGAUAUCUUUUGCUUCUUGUUGUAUGUACAUUUACAGUUGUAUCAAGAUAUCAAGAACAUUGGGUUUCAGGCGAAAC